CCACCCGAUCGGGCCCUAAGCUCUAUCGCUGGCCCCUCAGACUCGAUGUUGGACGCGACGGAUGUACCGGAAAUCCGAGAGCCAGUUUAGCCGUGGAUGGUGUCAUGUCAUGUGUUUGUCACCCGUUAUCUUUUAAACUGUGCCCUAAGCUACGGCUCGGGGACAAAUCAAAACGCCAUUGUGAGUGUGUCCGAGCCGGAGACCGAUGCGCCAGACUAUGGGAAACUACCGCAUCAACUUCUUGAAGACCUUCGAUGCAUAGUUUGAGAGCUGUGGAC